UUUAACGGACUUUUAAAUGCCACGAGUGUUUGGUUCGUUUCACGCAACGAGUUUUGUGCACAAAGAAUUCAAUGUUUCUAAGUAAAGAACUAUAAUAUUUUUGCAUAAUCGUGUACUUCGACGCUCUAACUUAUUUUUCGCGAUUAAAUUUAUCGUGUAACGCAAUUCUAAUAAAAGUAAAUCAAUGUAAAUCAAUUGCUUCAAAUAGAAUAACACCACAAAGUUUUCUCGUUUCAUUCCUUUUUUGUAUGUAACAGUUCUUUUCUAUUUUUCUUCUUAGUACGUUAUUAUUAAUAAAUCACAAAACUCGAUAAUGUCUCAUCUAAAAUACAUGAAAGAAAUAAAUAAUUUAACUCGAAUGGACGAAGCUAUUAAAGGGCCGCUACCCCGCUGGCAGAAGAAAUGUUUGGAAACCUCGAAUUCUAGUGCUAAUCUUAGCAUUAAUUCGUCACGAAAAGUUACAAAUGGGUCGUUCGCGAACACUACUACAGGAAAAACACCAACCAAGAAAAAUGAUACUCGAACUAGGAAAACACCUUCCAAAGGUUCCAGAAAAUCCCCAAGUCGUGCCUCAUCUACACCUGCUAAAACACCUAGUGGUGGUGAUAGGUUUAUUCCUUCAAGAUCAACAACUAAUUUUGAUCUUGGUUAUUACAAGAUUCAGCAACAAGCAAAUGCAGAAAAAGAUGAGGAAAAAAUGGAUAAUACAAGUCCUUCUAAGAAGGAAAUGCAGCGUCUUAUAGGAGAAAAUUUACAUGGUGGUGAUAUUAAUAACAUGAGAGUUUUGUCUUAUCAAAAUAAAGCACCAGCCCCUCCAGAAGGUUAUCUGAAUCCUUUAAGAGUUGUGUACAGUCAAAGUAAAACACCAGCAAGCUUGAAAGCUAGUACAAGAUACAUACCACAAACUCCUGAUAGAAUAUUGGAUGCACCAGAAAUCAUUGAUGACUACUAUCUGAACUUGAUUGAUUGGUCAGAGAGUAAUAUUUUAGCUGUAGCACUAGGUGCUAAUGUAUAUUUAUGGAAUGCUGCAACUGGAACCAUAGAGCAAUUGUUUGAAUUAGAGGGCAAUGACUAUGUUUGCUCUGUUGCAUGGAUUCAGGAAGGACCUUAUUUAGCUGUAGGCACCACAACAGGAAAUACACAAUUAUGGGAUUGUAGUCAAGCAAAAAGAGUACGUGUAAUGAAUGGUCAUGCAGCCAGAGUUGGAUCUCUUUCUUGGAAUUCGCAUAUUUUAACGACUGGAUGCAGAGCUGGUCAAAUAGUGCACCAUGAUGUUAGGCAAAGAGAACACUUGAUAUCGACAAUAAACGCACAUGCUCAAGAAGUAUGUGGUUUGAAGUGGUCACCCGAUGGAAAGUAUUUAGCAAGUGGCGGUAACGAUAAUAUGCUUCAAAUAUGGCCGUCAAUUUCCGGGCAAAAUCAUACACAUAUCCAACCACUUUAUUCGUUAAAUCAACAUCAAGCUGCUGUAAAAGCACUUGCAUGGUGCCCUUGGCAAAAUAAUAUCCUUGCGAGUGGUGGCGGUACUGCUGAUAGAAGAAUUCGAUUUUGGAACUGCAAUACAGGUGCCUGCUUAAAUACAGUGGAUACCAAAUCACAAGUAUGUUCGUUACUUUGGUCCACAACGUACAAAGAGAUUGUAUCUGGUCACGGAUAUGCGCAAAAUCAAUUAACUAUAUGGAAGUACCCAGCAAUGACAAAGGUCGCGGAACUUACAGGUCAUUCUAGUCGUGUCCUGCAUUUAGCAAUGUCACCGGACGGUACUACAGUACUUAGCGCAGGAGCUGAUGAAACUUUAAGACUGUGGAAAUGUUUCCAGCCUGAUCCACACAAAAAAAAGGAAACAAGCGAAAUGAAAUCUGUUCCUUCUAGACUUAAGCAAUCGAUCCGAUAAUUGAUACAUGAAAUAAACUUUUGUAUUUACAUGCUAAAUGCUCACGUGUGAUCUACAUUUUAAAGGCAGGAGUUACUAGUUUAAUGCCUGUUCAUUCAUCCUUUAUCAAUUUAUUUAAAUACAUUUUAAAUACUUGUUACCUGGUAGUAUCAAGUUACUUUCGUAGGGACUCGCUUAUUUAGUUCGAAUACUAUAUUUUUAUAAGAAUAAUUGUAUCCAUAAACGAAAUGAACUAGAGAAUA